ACUACUACUUCCUUUUAAUCAACGCUAAAAAAAACAUUGUGAAAUAGAAGAGAUGAUGAUGCAAUCACGAUUAUUAGCGUUUGCUUCAGCGGCUCGUUCCCGCGUCCGACCUACCUUACAAAGGCGGUUAGCGUUUGGAUCAUCGACGUCUGGCCGAACCGCUGAUCCAGAGCUUCAUGCCGGUAACGAUGGAGCUGAUCCAGCUAUUUUUCCCACAGACCCUGAAGGUAUGGAUGAUGUAGCGAACCCUAAGACGGCAGCGGAAGAAAUAGUCGACGAAACUCCACGGCCGAGUUUAGAAGAGAAACCGCUUAAUCCGCCGAAAUCUCCACGCACCACCGCACAUAAGCUAGAGAGCACUCCCGUUGGUCAUCCGUCGGAGCCCAAUUUCCAACAGAAACGGAGAAGAAGCACCGCCACCACCUCCCCGCCGUCGCCUGACUCAUCGUGGCCAAGAGACGACGGAGAAUCGGAGGAGCAAAGGCGGAGAGAAGAUGAAACAGAGAGCGACAAGGAAUUUUACGCACACCACAAAGCGUCUCCGUUGGCGGAGAUAGAAUUCGCCGAUACUCGGAAACCUAUCACGCAAGCCACCGAUGGAACGGCGUAUGCGGCAGGUAAAGAUGUGAUCGGAUGGUUGCCGGAGCAGCUAGACACGGCGGAGGAGUCUUUAAUGAGAGCUACGAUGAUAUUCAAACGUAACGCAGAACGCGGCGAUCCUGAAACGUUUCCUCAUUCUAGAAUCUUAAGAGAAAUGAGAGGCGAGUGGUUUUAAUCUAAAGACGAUAAUAAAUGCUAAUACUGUCUAAAUA